AUGUUUAUGGCGGAAAGAUGCGGCACAGAUAACUCUUUUGAAUCUGCGGGUCACGAUAGCAGCCCGUCCAAGAUUGCUAUCGUGGAUGUUGUUGGUGAGGAGGCUGGGCGCGAUGAUGGACCCAGCAAGGACUCAUCAGCCAGCGCUGGUCUGAGCCGCGGCCUCUCUGAAAGCUGCGUUUGCUUCUCCCACGUACCCGCCACCACGCACAUUGCCAUGAUCACGCUCGGCGGAGUCAUGGGCAGCGGACUGUUCAUUGGAUCGGGCCAGGCCCUGAAUGCUGCCGGUCCUGGCGGCUCCUUCGUCGCCUAUGCAAUGGUCUCCGUUGUGAUCUACUUCACCAUGUCGUCUCUGGGCGAGCUCGCCACAUAUCUUCCGAUCCCGGGCUCGUUCAACGCGUAUGGCGGGCGGUUCAUUGAUCCGGCGUUUGGCUUUGCACUGUCGUGGAACUACUGGCUGAACUGGGUCACUGUGGUUGCGUAUGAGGCCGGCGCCGUGGCCAUGCCGAUCAGCUACUGGCUGCCGAACGUGCACUUUGCCGGCUACGGCGAGGCCGAGUUCUGGUUCGCUCUGAUCAAGAUCCUGGCCGUGCUGAUGUUCAUUAUUGUGGCGAUUAUUGUUGCAUCGGGCGGGCUUGGCGGGCACCGGUACGGGUUUGAGCUGUGGCACUACAAGGAGGGCCCGUUUGUGGCCGGGUUCGGCGGUCUGAUUAAUACAUUUAUCCAGGCGGGCUUCUCGAUGCAAGGAUCAGAGCUGGUCGGUGUGACUGCGGCCGAGUCGCGCAACCCAUCCAAGCACAUUCCCCGGGCGACCCGGCAGAUUUUCUUCCGCCUCGUGUUCUUCUUUGUCCUGACGAUCCUGCUCAUGGGCCUGGUGAUCGAGUACGACGACCCGAUGCUGGUCAACCAGGGCGCCGAAGCCAGCCUGAUGUCGCCAUUCACGAUCCUGUUCCUGAAGGCCGGGAUCAAGCCUGCCGCACACAUCAUCAAUGCGAUCAUGGUGAUUUCCAGCAUCUCGGCCUGCAGCUCCGGCAUGUACGCCGCGUGCCGCACCACCCACCUGAUGGCGACGCAGGGCAUGGCGCCCAGGAUCCUGGGCCGCACGACGCGCCGUGGUGUGCCGCUUCUCGCCCUUACUUUCUGCAUCUUGUUCACGUUCUUCCUGUGGGCGUUCAAUUUCGUUGGCCAGGGAGUCGUGUUUGACUUUUUGACCGGCAUCUCGGGUGUCACCGGGUACCUGGCGUGGGCGGCGAUCUGCAUUGUCCACAUUCGGUUCCGCAUGGCGUGGAAGGUGCAGGGACACAGUCUCAGCGAGCUCCGGUACAAGGCAUUUGCAUAUCCGUUCGGGCCUGUGUUCUGUCUGGUACUGAUUGCCGUGAUUGUGUUUGGCCAGGCGUACCCGUCGUUCCAGUUUGGGUUUGACGCGGUUACGUUCUUUUCAUCGUUCUUGGAACUGCCACUGUUUGCCAUCUUCUAUUUCGGGUGGAAGUUCUGGUUCAAGACAAAGUUCCUGUCGCUGGCCGAGAUCGACCUGGUCUCAGGCGCCCGCGCCGGUGUCUCGCGCGAAGAAGAGCUGGCGAUGGACCAGAGCAGCCUGAACCGGACAUUCAAGGAAAGGUCAUUGAUUUCUUUGUCCACAUCUGCGGAUAGGCCGCACGCAUAA